CUCUUGACACCUUUGAAAUAAGGUUAAAACUCUGUAAACUGUACUCGUGCAAAUACGUUUUCAAUCAAACGGUGAAACAUGGAGAAAGAUUCAUCUCUAGACAGAAUUACUUUAGCGCUUUCAAAAUUAAAGACAGAAUUGAUGGAAAUGAGACAUCAGGAUGUGAAGCUGAUGAAGCAGUUAAUUUCAAUUAACACAACUAUUGGAUCCAUGGCAAACACAAGACAUAGGAAUCCUGUUCUUAGAAGUGCCAGCUUUGGUUCCCUGAAGCGGAGGAGUACAGAGAGGAUCAACAGCAGCAGAAAUAGACCCGGCGAGAUGAUGUGCCUAAGAAAUCCCCUUGUCCGACAUAGAAGUGCUCCAAUCAUGGUUGAUGACAGAAAAGAUGAACAAAAUUCAGAUAUGGGCAGUUUGGAAGAUGUUGGGGCUAGCAGAUCGUCUGAUUCAGAGAAUGAUCUUGCAUCACUGUGUAGUUCUGCAUCAUCACUCGUAUCAGCCAAUCAGGCCUCGCCCCCGCCGUAUCUGCGACCGCUUCCUGAAGAGGAGGACACGGACGAGAAGAUGUAUUACGGAAUCUUAAUGAAAAACAUUAAACUCUGGAAAUAUUCUCAGGAGUCUAUUAAUAGCUCUGAAAGUGACAGCUCCUUUGACAGCUAAUAAAAAAUGACUUCAUUAGCAAAUUUAAUUAAUGUGGUUUUGUAUGUCGGAAGUGACUCAUGUGCAAUAUUGACAGGAGUAGACAAUAAUAUAAUGUUUUGAACGUCUUACUUUCUCCAACCUCUAUCAUCAAAGUGGGAUUUUGCCCAUCGAACAACAGUUAUUCAUCCUUUUUCUGGAAACAUUAAGCUGCAGAAUGGAAUAACGAAGCCUCGUCAAGAAAAAAUUGUGAAGAGGGGAAUGAAUGUGUUUAGACAAAGCACCAAACAUCUUCCUAAUACUCAUUCUUGAAAAUAUGUGCAAUACUGUGAUAAAAAUCAGAACUUUUUGUAUCAAUAUGUGUGUGUUACUACGCAAAUAAAAAUUUCAAAUAUAAA